AUGGUGACGACCGCAGCUUCGGAGGUCAAGACAAAAGGUCGUCGUGUACACUGGUACAAAAAGUUGGUGCGACGGCCAAACUUGGAGGAACAAAAUGGCGAAAAGGUAAAUGACCAAGUAAAUUCACGCUCUCGAGGCUCUGGAACAACAAGAUGGAUAGCGGCGCUUCCGUUCCGAAUGCAUCGUCUUUUUGGCUGCUUCCGGGCAGAUCAAUGA